AUGGAAUGGUCCGUCCGACUCCUGGCCUGCCUAGUGGGCAUCCUCCCGAUGGGAUCACUUGUGAGAACCAAAAGAGAUACUACCGGCAACUUGGUCAACACAGAGGUGCACACCGCCCCGCGGAUCGUCAACCUCUCGGUGCUGCCCGGCCCGGCGCACGCCUUCCGCGCGCUCUGCACGGCCGAGGGGGAGCCGCCGCCCGCCCUCGACUGGUCCGGCCCGGCCCUGGGCAACGGCUCGGCCGCCGUGCCGGGCCCGGACCAGGAUCACGGCCACCAGGUGACCGCCGAGCUGCCCGCCCUGGCGCAGGACGGCCGCUACACGUGCACGGCCUCCAACAGCCUGGGCCGCGCAGACAGCGUCUACCUGUUCCGAUUCCACGGCGCCUCCGGAGCCCCGGCACUCGCCCUCCCGCUUGGCGCGCUGGGCCUCAAAGCGCUGCUGCUGCUCGGCGUUCUGGCCGCCCGCGCCGCCGCCCGCCGCCGCCUAGAGCAGCCAGUUGCCCAGGACACCCCGCCACGGCCCCAGGCUCAGGAGUCCAACUAUGAGAAUUUGAGCCAGAUGAGCCCUCGGGACCUGCCCACAGCCGCAUGUGCACCAUGAAGACGUUAGCCACUGGCAUCGACUUGUGCCCCAUGAGGAGGAGAGGCCAACGCCAGGCUUGGCUGGGACGGCCCUUCCUGGCUCCCAGCCACGUUGGCAGCCCCUUGCUGGGUGACCUCCCACAAAGGGUGUCAAGACCCCACUCACAGAGGCUCAAUGGUCUCCUUCAAGGAUGUCUGUCCCUGAGCCCUCAUGAUAUUUAUGUCAGUGGGACCAGAAUUUUGAGUGUGAGUGUGUGUGUGUGUGAGAGAGAGAGUGUGUGUGUAUAUGUGUGUGUGUGCACACGUGCACGUGAGCUCCAGCACAAAACUCACGGAGAAACCUCGCCUUUUCCUACAUAGAACGUCAUCGUAAAACAGGCAGGACACUGGUCAGAGGGUCUCCCAGGCUCAGACUUGCUGUGUGGACCAGGGCACAUUUUUCACCUCUCUGGGUCUCAGCUGGCUACUCGCGAGCGUGGACAAUAGUAUUCUUCCCUCCUGGCCGCUCGGCCUGUCAAGACCUGAGGAUAUAAUGGGGUGAAAGGACUUUGGGAAGUACAGAGCCGUGUACAGAUUGGAGGUGGGGGGGCACAGGCUCCUCCUUGCAGGCGCCCUUAGGACGUGCAGAGAGUUCUUGGACAAGUGGGGCCCCCACACCAGGCUGGCUGAGAACAGGGAACCCAGAGAGCCAGCCUGGGGCUGGGCCUUCUGAGGCUGGGCUGUGUAAACCUGUGGUCCCAGGAACAUCCACUCAGCGGUGAGGAACAGCCUGUCACCCCUGCCUCCCGGGGUCUCCUCUGUGACUGCCUCCCACACUCUGCCCACCUCCGACCCCAUUGGCUGCUCUGCACUGCCUGGAGCUGG